CCGGGCGUCUGCAUCCAAGCGCCCGGUGUCUACGAUGGCCUCUCCGCGUGUCUCGCAAUUGAGCAAGGCUUCAAAGUAAUGUACAAGGCGUCUCAAUGACAACAGCCGCACGCCUCGACCGCGCAGACCUCGCCUUCGCAGCCCUCAGCGACUUCGCAUCCAACGCGCAAAUGAUCGCAAACCUCGACACGCGCAUUUUGCUCAUUGCAGACGCGGACGUGGGCUUUGGUGGGCCGCCGAAUAUCGCGCGCAUGGUGACGACGUACCACUCGUGCGGCGUUGCGGGGUUUCAUAUUGAGGAUCAGGUGGCUAAUAAGCGGUGUGGGCAUUUGAGGGGGAAGGAGGUUGUUGAUGUUGAGACGUGGAAGUUGAGGAUCUGUGCGUGUGUCAUCGGCCGGGACUCGAUGCAUGGCGGGUGUGAUAUUGUGAUUAUUGCGCGGACAGAUGCAUUGGCGGUUGAGGAGUAUGAGGCUGCGCUUGAGAGACUCGUUGCAGCCCGCGAGUGCGGCGCGGACAUGGGCUUCUUCGAGGCCAUCGAGACAGAAGAGCAGAUUAAGAAUGCCGUCCAGUUGCUUGCGCCGAUGCCAUUACGUUCCCUACUUUCCCCAGGGAAACGAGUCAGCUGAUAACGCCUCCAGUUGAUGGUAAACCUCGUCUCGAACGGCAAAACAACCUGGCUCUCACCCGAACAACUGGGCGAAUGGGGCGUCAAGGUUUGUUCACACCAGCCAAAUCCUCCACCUCAGCCUUGGCGAAUUCUGGCGGAAACAGUUGGCAAUCUACCCCGGCGCAGCGGGAAAAUCAGUACUGCACAUGAUUCGGCGCGCACACAAGUACCUCAUGGAGACGGGCAAGGAUGAUGCGGAGGCGCGGGGACUAGAUCCAAAAGGGUUUUUUGAUGUCAUCGGGUUGCAGAGGGAGAUUGAGAUUGAUCGGCUUGCGGGAGGUGUUUCGUUCAAGAAUGGGGCUUAGACAAUGGGUGGAUAUAGCAUAUCGAACAUCUUGUCCAAAAAGCUGGGCUCCCUCAAAGCGUAUCACGAAGCUCCUCCACCUGCGAGACAUCUUCCACAAACUCAGCGCCAUACUCUUUCAUAAUCUGUAUCCUCUCCUCCAUAUUCACCGCAUAAUACAUUCUCCCCAAAUCCCUAGGCACCUGCCUAUCGCUUGCAAACCUCAACACCCAGACGCCCACUCCAUCCACCGGCCAUCCAAACACCAGCACCUUUUUCUCUUCCGCGGUCUUCUCCCUCGAGCCCAUAUCCAC